CCUCCACCUCCACCCUCUCCCCGCCAGGCCCUGAGGUCCUACAUGCACAAGGAGACCACCUCCUCCAAGAGCCGUCACACCGUGCUGGACCUGGUCCGCACGCCCGUCGUGCGCCGCAUCUCCUGCUGCCUUUGCUUCGUGUGGUUCUCCACCAGUUUCGCCUACUACGGCUUGGCCAUGGACCUGCAGAACUUCGACUUCGACAUCUACGUCAUCCAGCUCAUUUUUGGGGCCGUGGACUUCCCGGCCAAGUUGGUCUCCGUCCUCACCAUCACCUACGUGGGCCGACGCUUCACCCAAUCCCUCACCCUCAUCUUGGCCGGCUUGGCCAUCUUGGCCAACAUUUUGGUGCCACGAGACCUGCGGGCGCUUCGGACCGCCAUGGCCGUCUUCGGGAAGGGCUGCUUGGCCGCCUCCUUCAACUGCGUCUUCCUCUACACGGGCGAGCUCUACCCCACCGUUAUCCGGCAGACGGGGAUGGGGUUGGGCAACACCAUGGCCCGCCUGGGCAGCAUCACGGCCCCGCUGGUGAAGAUGGCGGGUGAGGCGUUCCCCGUCCUGCCCUUCGUCAUCUACGGGGCGGCCCCGGUGGUGUCGGGGCUGGCGGCCGUUUUCUUGCCGGAGACGAGG